AUGGAGGCGGCGGUGCCGGCGGAGGAGGCGUUGGUGCUGGUGGAGUACGGCUUCGAGUACCGAGCCAAGGACGGCACCUUGGUCUCCAUCAAGCCCAACGAGCGCUACGUGCUGCUGAAGAGAACCAACCACCACUGGUGGCACGUCAAGAGGAGCGGCGACACUCGGCCCUUCUACAUCCCUGCCCAGUACGUGAAGGAGCUGCCCCCCAUCGCCACCCCGGCCGCGCUGGACCCCCCGCCGCUGGCACACGCUGGGACGGAUCCGGCACCGCUCACCCCCCAGCCGCCACCGGCCUACGAGUAUCGCUUCAUCGGUGCCACCGAGGGCAAGGAGCCGGGGGGGGGAUGCGCGGUGCCCAGAGGGGACUCGGACUCGGUGCCCAGAGGGGAUUUGGUGCUCAGAAGGGACUCAGUGCCCAGGAAGGACUCGGUGCCCAGGAGGGACUCGGUGCCCAGGAGGGACUCAGUGCCCACGAGGGACUCACCACCAGCACUCAGCUCUUUUCGGGUCACCCCAAGACUGAGCCCCCACCCCGCCGAGCCCGUGCGACCCUCACACUCCCUGGAUGACCUGGCACGGGUGCCACCGGCACCGCACGAUGCCACCACCACGGGGUUGUGCGGGGACCCCUCGGGACAUGCUCGCCCGCUUGGCAAGAGCCGCUCCGAGACCCUCUACGCGCCCGGGCAGGACGGGGACGUGGGCAGGAGGUGGCCAGGGUCCGGCCAUGUGGCUCAGGCACGCAAGGAGCCGGAGGAGCCCUCAGCACCAAUCUACCUCAACCUGCAGGAGCUGCAGGAAGAAGCUGCUGCUGCCUCCAGCAGCUCAGCCCAGGAGGAAGCCAGCAGCUGGGCGGCAGAGUGGGAGACCCACAGGGACACGGAGAGUGGACUCCUGUUCUACUACAACCCACUGACAGGAGAGACCACCUGGGACUGCCCCUUUGGGCAGGCAGGAGAUGGAGUGAGUCCUCCCACCUCUGCCACCUCCUCGCCCGCCCACAGCCCCCAGUUCCCUGACUGGGACCAGUACGUGGAUGAAGGCAGUGGGCAGCCCUUCUUCUACAACCCACUGACAGGGGAGACCUCCUGGGACCCCCCCGGGGCCACCGACACAGGCAGCUCCCGGGACAUGUACCCCGGGGGGACGCCUGACGGGGAGCACAGGCCACCAACUCCAGAAGCAGACUACCCCAACCUGUCUCCAGAUGAGCUGGAGGCUUAUCCUGAGGACUACUCACCCCUGGGCUCCUAUGAUCAUGGGGCCACUCUCUCUCUGUCCCCGAGGCACCCUGAGGAGCUGGGCUCCCCCCAGGGCUGGUACAGGCACAGCCACCCUGAGGGAGCCACGUUCUACCCUGAGCACUUCACCUCUGACAUGGUGCCAGCAGGUGGCCGCCAGGAGCGGGUCAGCAGUGGGUCCAGCCAGGACAGCGGGCUCUGGGCCUGGCACAGCCCCAUGCCACCAGCCCUGGGGCUCAAGGAGGAGAAGCUGAGGAGCCUGGAGAAGGCAGGGGUGCUGAACCGCACCAGGACCAUGGACAGGGGGAAGAGGCUCCGGAAGAACUGGAGCUCCUCCUGGACCGUGCUGGAGGGGAGGAUCCUCACCUUCUUCAAGGACUCCAAGCACUCAGCAGCUGCUGCCUUGCGGCACCCCAGCACCCUGACCACCCCUGAGCACACGGUGGAGCUGAGUGGAGCCACCCUGGCAUGGGCCAGCAAGGACAAGUCCAGCAAGAAGCACGUCCUGGAGCUGAGGACGAGGGAGGGCUCCGAGUUCCUCAUCCAGCACGACUCGGAGCAGAUCAUCACAGCCUGGCAGAAGGCCAUCGCUGACAGCAUCAGCAGGCUGGCCAUCGACCUCCCUGGAGAGGAGGAUGCUGAAGCUGGGGCUGAGUUUGGCUCCCGGGAGAAGCUGUGGGGCAGCGAGGACAAGCGGGCAGUGGCUGGGCAGGCAGUUGGCAGUGCCAGCAGCGAGAGCGACCUAAGCAGAGUCCGCAACAAGCUCCGCAAGUUCCUGCAGAGGAGACCAACACUGCAGUCCCUGAGAGAGAGAGGCUACAUCAAGGACCAGGUCUUUGGGUGCUCCCUGCCAGUGCUGUGUGAGAGGGAGCGGGGGACAGUGCCACGCUUCGUCCUCCAGUGCAUCCAGACCGUGGAGAGGAGAGGCCUGGACAUCGAUGGUCUGUACCGGGUCAGCGGCAACCUGGCCACCGUCCAGAAGCUGCGCUACAAAGUGGAGCACGACGAGCAGCUGGACCUGGAUGAUGGGCGCUGGGAGGACAUCCACGUGGUCACCGGGGCGCUGAAGCUCUUCUUCAGGGAGCUGCCAGAGCCACUGGUCCCCUUCAGCCACUUUGACAAGUUCAUAGCUGCCAUCAAGAUGCAGGAGCCGAGCUGGCGGGGCCGGUGUGUCCGUGACCUGGUGGCGUCCCUGCCGCCUGCCCACCACGACACCAUGAAGGUCCUUUUCCGGCACCUCUGCAGGGUGGUGGAGCAGCGGGAGCACAACCGCAUGUCGGUGCAGAGCGUCGCCAUCGUCUUCGGCCCCACGCUGCUGCGCCCGGCGGGCGAGGAGGCCAACAUGGCCAUGCACAUGGUCUUCCAGAACCAGGUGGUGGAGCACAUCCUCAACCACUACAGCUACAUCUUCCCUGACGGCUAA